AUGUACUCAAACCUCAGCAAGGGACAACUGACUUUCACUCACUUCCCUCCCGAGGACCAGGAGAUGUGGUUUCGUCAGUUUGCGCAAGAGUUCACCUGGAAUCCCGAUCACACAAACUUUAUCCAUGACAACUUCGUCCAUAAAGUUAUAGACAACUAUGGGAAGCAGAUCUACGAGUGGAAGCAGAAGUGGCUCAUCAACAAGGCGGAUGAAAAUGAUGGCGAGCCGGUUGAUGAUUUCGUCCUAAUGAAGACGGCACAUACCAACAAGCACACCGGGGAGAUUGAUGAUGGUGUUGUGAGGGAUGUGAUCAGCCUGAUCGAAACUCAGAAGGAAGACGAAGAGACCCAAGGGCUUAUGGACCAGUUGAAGGACAAAGAUGACCGCAUAGCUGCGUUGGAGCAAAAGAUGGCGGAUCAAGAGGCGGGAUGGGAGGCAACGAGGAAGCAGAACGAGCAAAUGAUGGAGAUGAUGUACCCGAACGAGCAGUUCCCGUAG